UUCGUUUGACGUCUGGCGCUAAAGCUCUUCAGCCGUUUGCCCUGAUGCUGUCACUGACCGAAAGGAAUCGUAAAUAUUGGGUUAAUUUUAACCAUUUUAAGCAUAUUAAUAUACUUACUGAUUAGACCCAAAAGGAUACCAGAUCGCAAGGAUUGUGUAGUUUGCCAUUGUGGGGCUUACAGUGCGUGUGUGUGUGUAUUGUUGUGAGAGCUGUGCUGCGCUGCACGAUGACGGACGCUCAACGAAGUUGAUCGAAACAUCAGCAAUAAGAGCGCGCAGAGGAUAUUCUCUUGUCCCCGCCCCUUCUUCUCGUGUCGAUGCUGAGACGUCACUGAGAUCUGCCCGAGAAGGAUUUGGAAAGGUUCACAAAAAAAGUGCUGCUGAAUAUUGGGACACCGUCGGACCACCGACCGAGCGCAAACUGUGCGUUAUUAAAAGUGGCUGAGAUGCCACCAACGACCGAAGAGCUGGAAGACGAUGGCAGCAAAAAUAUGGUUUCCAACUUGCCGCUCCUAUUCGCGGACGGCUACCCAACGUCCCUGGACAAGAUCACCGCAACGCAACUGGAAAGAUUCAUACCGUUCAUGGUGCAGUGUUCACUGGGAAACGUCACUAUCCAUUCGAUGACCGAAUUUAACAAACCACCAUGGUGGCCAAAAGAUUUAGAAUUUACAAAACCAUUCAAGCGGCCAAAAUCAUUCACCGGGGAUUGGUUACUCAAGAUGCGGGAGCUCGUGGUAGCGUGUUACGACUCUCACGACAACAUCUACCUUCUUCGGUACUGUGCGGAUCUGGCCAAGUUUCAACCGACGGCAUUGCGAUUCAUCAACAACUACAACUCCACGACCUCGUUGUUCGAGCGAUCCACGAACAAGCUGUUGGUUACGUUUCGCAAUGAAAAUAUGCUGUACGACCAAGAGCAAAAGUUUAACAGUCGCAAGUGCCUUCUACCGAAGCAAUCGAACUCCCAAAGUUGCUUGGCCGCUCAGGAGGAAAUGGUCAUAUCAGCAGGCUUCGAUAUUUAUCUCUGCGACUACUGUGAUGCGGAACUAUACUCCUACGGGGCGAUGGUGGAGCACGAGAAAGCCUGCCACACGGAACAAAGCAAUGCAGAGCUUGCCGAUACCAGUGACGAUGAUGACGUUAUCUUUUGUGGCACCGUGCUGGAUGAUCAGCUGCCCCUCGAUGCGGCAGCCCGUGCGCAAGCAAAGCAACAAAAGAUGGUAUCUUUCCUAUCGCAAAACUUUAUGCUGCGCUGUAGAAAUGCCAUCGAAUCGGCCCCGUCAUCGACAAUCCCCAAGUCGACCGGGAACAAUGCCGAGGUGGAAAAUAGUAGUGGUGGUACGAUGGCAGAGAGUGCCACCAGCACAGGCGGCAAAUAUCGCCGAUUACCGAGACGCUCGCGGCAAGUUGUUACACUCGCGAAAUGUACACAAAUUCCGCUCUCCUCGCCGCUGGGACUGUUUAUGAUAAAGGCUUCGAAAAUCAUUACCACGCCCGAUUAUUUACUGGAGCGGUACGAACGCAUGGAACGAUUUUGCAUCGCGCCGGCUCUUCCACCCGGCGCAAACUAUCCGUUAAGGCCAGGUGUAAAGAACGCUGGUAGUAUACAGGACGCCGCAACAAACAUCCACGAUCGGCGGAUCCCUAAAUGGUUGUUUGGAAAGAUAAAAUCCGGACCGAACGGAUGUCCGGUGACGUUCAAACGCAUAGCAGACGAUUCCUGCGAACCAUCGAAGCAUCAAUAUAAAUUCCCUAGGCGCCAAUUUUUCACCAAGCAACGAAUAGAAAAUUUCCUCUUCUAUAACAAACCGCUGCUGCAACGUUGCCGGCCAUUUGUGGUAAGCCUGCAAAGACUGACUGCGGACGAGGUGCAGAAACUUUCGCUCCAGCCCGGCAUCGAACGAGAAAGGCAGGAGGCAGAGCUCGCGGCACAGCAGGAACGGCAACGACGGAAAGAGCUGGCUGAAUUUGCCGAAAGUGCAAUGGUUAUCGAUAGUAUCGAUCUAUGCUCUUCGGAUGAGGAGGUGCAGCAUAUGGAGGAGGAAAGACUGGUCAACGUAAGUGACGAGGAACCGACGAAUGCAUGCAGCCGGCAGGAAAACAAUUCCACUCCCGACAACGAUUAUACGGUGCAUGAUGCUAUCGAAACGAUCGUGUUAGAAAUGGACGACAGUAUGGGCAGCGAUACGAAUGAAUAUACCAACACUAGCUUCUAUCGUAGUUCUCCUCCACAAAAACUUCUUUCCAGCGGCCGAUUCCCCAAAGAACUACCGAUGCCGACAUUCGCGAAGAAAUCGUUCGUCAGCUCGAUGCUCAGUGAAAGCGCGUACCGUUUGAACCAAUCGCUUCCUUCGGCUAAUGGGAAAAUCGUGGACGGUGCAAGACAACCACUUACUGCCCCGCUGUAUCUGUACGCGAACUGUAGCCAAACGGCUGUCAGCCUAGCGGAAGAGACACAGUUCGCCAGCGGCAAUCGGAUGAUGGCCAGAAAGGGUGCCAGUUUGCCGUUGAAGGAAAACUUGGUAAACGUGUUUGGCGCCACCGGUAACGGUGCGAACGGAGACAGCAUGCUGUUGGGGCCUGGCACUACCGUUCCGGUGCAUCAUCAUCAGGCCGGGACGGCCCAAGCUCGCACCGCCAUGCUGCUUACCGCACCGAUGGCCAACGGGCACACAAUAAUCACAAACGGAACCAUUCCAGUUGCGUUCGCCAGCUCGCGUACAAGCGCUUCCGUUGUACAGACGCUCUCAACAACAACCACCUUCGUUAAUCAAGCGAUACACGUAUCGAUGAAUCACAACAACAGUACCGGUACAGCGGCUGUCUCCAGCGCAACCGCAGCCAAUCUCCAGUAGAAUAUCUAUCCUGUAUAUAAGCAUCGAUGUAGGUCUUUUUUAUUUUAGUUUAAACCGUGCGAUCGAUCACGAAGGCCGAUUGCCGUAAGCAACUGUUCAAAUCGUUUCCACACAUCCCGGUAUCCCAUUGGCGGGAAUAUUCUCUGUUGCCAAUUUUUCUAUGCGCAAUGGGCUAGAAAAACUGUACAAAGAUUCAAAAUUGUACAAUCAGUAUAGUCAGAGGUGCAGCAGAGAGCUGCAACAUGUAGGUAAAAAUUGUACAUAACUGUGCCCGUUGGCAGAGUCUUUUUUUUGUUCAUUCUUUUUGUUUUCCAAUGAUAGGCAAUCUGCUCAUCUUUGAACGGGCUUUAGAAUAAAAAUUCAAGGAUGUUUUAUUAAAA